UUCGCCAUGAGGAGCAACGAACCGCCUGCCUGAAUUAAUAUUUCGUGGAUCAGAAAGACACAAGGAACGGCAUAUACAGACUGGGAAGCGUCUGGGUCUUCCAUGUCCGUUUCAUCAACUACCCAGGACAGGCCAAACUGGAUUUGCUGCAUAUCUUAUCCAUCCCCAACUGUAUUGUAAUAGUAACCGGUGUUGUGCACGUUAGCCUGAAUGGAUGAAACGAAGUUCCCUCCUUCCCUCGCGGAAGAUGUAUCGUCUUUGACAAGGAGGGAUACUGGGAAAGGACGCCGUUCGUCAGAAAGCUCAACGCGUGAAGUCGCCCGUCUGCUUAUCGGUCAGAACCGUGACAUCAAGACACUUACAAGCCAACUCGAAACCACCAUUGAGCAGCUGAAGGCAGAGACCGAACGCGCAGAUGCCGCGGAGAGCAGGUCAUCGGAGCUUGUUCUCCGCCUCAAGUCUGCCAUCGACACGAAGAAUGCUUCCCAGCAAGAAGCGCACCGAGUAAAAGAGGAGCUGCGCCUGUACAAACUUCAGUUGGAGAACGCCCAGCGAGAGAUCCACAAAGGACAGGAGAUCAUAGACACGCUCGAGGCGCAGAGAGUGGAGGCGGAGGAGGCCGCUGCACGCGCGAGAUCGAUGGCGCACAAGCUGCGAGAGCAGACUCUCAUUGAGAGAGCGAGGGAGGAGGGCCGAAGGCAGGGCCUCCAGGAGGGGUUGGUACAGGCUGGGGGUGCUGGCCUUAUGGAAGAUGGAUUGGACGGCUAUGAGCAAGGCACGGCUUCCUCAACACGCUCUGGUGGCCAGUACGAAGAUGAGGACUUGUAUUCUCCGCUGCCGACUAUUAGAGAGGAUCGAGUGUCGGCACCAUCUACAUCCUCCCACGCGAGUCGUUCAUCGCGAUCAAGCUCGAUUGAUGAACGUACCAGUCAUCCACCCGCUCCGCCACCCGAACAUGUACCCGCACGCGCUCAACCUCCUUUACCUCCAAAAGAUGGCAAAAUCUAUCCCAUUGCUGUUCACAACACCGCUCCCUCCCCUUCUCAUCCUCCAGUCAACUUCCCUCCGGACGGUUGGAUACCGGAAAUCGACAAGGACAAACGCAUCCGCCUUCCACCUCCUCAUGACCUUUCUCCAGCACCGCCGACGCCCAUGUCUACCAUCCGAGCGCUUGAAGAUGGAGAGGACAGACCUCCACUCAUGCUUCGACCACCUGGCACAGGCUAUACAGAGUCUAUACGGUCAGACUCGAGCUCAGUCGAUCACCAUCGCAAGAAGUCAAUUGAUUCUCAAUCGACGACAAUGUCGCAAUUCGAACUGCUAGGGCCGCCUGCGGCUCAAGCUGCUCAACAGCCAAGGACUCUAAGUGCAAUUACGGAAGAAAGAGAACGGGCGUCUUCCAUGUCUCCUUCUGUACAAGGCGCGAGUUCGUAUCUGCACGGGCCGCCAACGAGCUCCUCGCUAUUUCUGGCUCCAGAUUCUCAAAAUAUAUACGCCCGCCCACCUCGCUCACCCUUCUCUUCUUCGUCAGUAUCCAGCCAUGGGCCAGCGCGUGCAUCGUCGAUGAGAGGGUUCUCCCAAAACCGAACGAGCAAUGGAUCGAAUAUAUCUCGCGAGUACGACAUUACCGUAGAGUCGCCGUCUGGCCCAGGAUCCGAACAGUCUUCUCCACCGUUGACGCCGAGCCUUCUGCGUGCAGAAGAUGGACCUCCUUCCACCGUAAACACAGUCAAUGGAGUUGAUCAUCAGCCUGCUGCUGAAGAACAGUUCGGGAUGUCUAUGCCUCCUCCUAGUGCGCCUGUUCUUUUACAACUCGACGGCCAGCUCCCUCCUGGUUUCCAGCCGAUUAGAGCACCGCUCCCUCCAGGCUCGUUCUUCCCUCCGCAGGAUGCUCAGCUGGGCACCCGCGUGCACCCGCAAGGAUUGCACAGCCCCUCGACUGGCCCUCCCCUUCCCCUUUCCGCUUAUGGUGGCACACCGUCGGCCGCCGGCUCUACGGUUCUUCCGGGAGCGUUUCCAGCAUCGCCGGAGCAAGUAGUCAUACCUCAUCUCGUAAGUCCGAAUGCACCCGCAGCACCCUCCGCGACGCGAUACACCAGACCGGCCGGACGGGACGAUUCGUCAGAUUCUGAAGAGACCGUGUCUUCCCGUCUGUCUGGCUCCGCGGACACACUGACGACACCGCCCGCGCGGCACAGAGAUCUACCAGGCCACGGUACGCCCACGUACGCCAUCGCGCCAAUUCCGCCGAACAUCGUGUAUCCCGAGCCGCUCAGCCCGCGCUCGACGGGCUCCCGUGGGACGGCCGCUGGGAGGAUUCCGCAGCCCCCGUCUGCGGCUGGGUCUGUUGGAAGCCCAGGAUCGACCGUUACGUACCUGUAUGCGCCGACUCCUCACAGCCGUAAUAAUAUGGCGCUGGACGCUGGCCGGACACCGAUGAACAGGCCUCUAUCUUCUCUCUCUGGUAGUGCGCGAGGGACGCCGGGCCCGGAACAGUCGAACUACCGCGCAUCCAUGCGGAGCAAUACUGCUGCGGAUGCGCUCACACGCUCCAAUACAGUGACAAAUGCUGGCCCGCCUCGUCCGCCGUCUGCAGCCAAGACUUACACGAGUUCUCCGACUAUGUCUCAAGCGUCGGUGGCGCAAUCCACCGGGACUUCCAGAUCCAAGAAAUCCAAGAAGGCUAAGGGCAAAUCCAAGAUUGCCACCGUUGAAGAGGUCGCAGAUGAGGGAUAG